CUCCUUUUGCGCGGGAGAGACAGGCGGAAGUGAAAACACCAGACAGCGUUCAGAGAGGAUUCCAAGAUUUCAUCUGGAUUUAAGCUAGCUCGUUAACCACACCAAGCUGUUUUUUUUUUUGACUUGGCGUUUCAUUUAAUGGUGUAACUGCAGUUUAUUCAACAGUGCUGCUAAUGUAGGUGUUUUUGACGAUGUUAUUCUCGGCAGGGCAUAAAGUCAAGACUCAGAGUAACUGCUACUGGUAGUGAACCACGGCGCAGAUAGAACAAGGAGUUAGUUAUACAAAUCAAACCCCUAUUUAUCAUCUUCCCAACCAAAGUGCCAUGGCCAGACUGUUGAAAUGACAGACUGUGUCUUUAAUGUCGCUUCUCUAAAGUGAAGACAAUGGAAGAGGACAUCAGCCAGUCGCUGACCCCGCCGGUGUCACCUUUCGCAGGGGAAAGCCAGUGUGAGCUGACCCCAGCCCUGCCACCCUGUUUCUCCUGUGCAUCUGACCCGGGUCGGGAUGACACCCGGCCACUGUCAUCUGAGGGUUAUAUUGGCAGGGGCUCCCUGAAACGGCUGCUGUUACGUCUGGCCCCAGCCCCUGCAGACUACGAAGAUGACACAGUGGAUAUCUUUGGUUUCCCAUGGGUGACAGAGACCGCUCUGGUGGAAUCGACCAAGCUUUUGUUUGGCCUGUUCAGGCAAAAGCUUCUUAAAUUAGAGACCCUGGUGCAGUCCAGCUCUCAUGACUUUGGCCAAGCCAGCAGCCUCCAUUAUGAGGCAGAAGACCUUAGGCAACAAUGUGUGCUGUUUCUCCAAUAUGUCAAAGUCUUCCUAUACAGGUACCUGGAGCCCACCUGUUCCCUGGAGGAGGGCCCCUGUCACCCCUAUGUGGAGCUGGAGGCUCAGCUACCCUCUGCUCUGCUGGAGGAGCUCUUUGGGGUCACCCUCCUCAUAGGGCGCCUCAAAGACCUGCCAGCCAACAUCCAGAGUGCCCUCACCAUACAGCACCAGGGCAAGCUGUUUCCUCCCUCCUGGCAUUUGUUACACCUCCACCUGGACAUCCACUGGUCAGUAUUGGAGAUUCUCCACCUGCUGGGGCAGAGGAUGCAAGGUCAGGUGGUGUACGCCCACCAGUUUGUGAACCUGACAGGGGAGAAUCUGACCAACAACAGCCUGUUUGAGGAGCAUCUCUGCAACCUGCUCUCUGACCUCACGGGCAUGGCCAUGGGAAAAUACAGCAAGGUAAGGCCUACUGAGGCCCUGACCAGCCAUCACUACUACUGCACCUGCACUAAAGAGCUGUGGAUACUACUUAUACACUUACUGGAACACAGGAGCAAAGUGUUACACACACAGUCUUUCUGGAACUACAUGAACACACUGCUGCAGUCUCUGAUCAGUGGCCAGCCUGUAGCAGAGCAGUACGGUGUGCUCCCUACACACUGUAAAGACCCUCUGGGCUUCACCUGGUGGCUUGUCACUCACUUGGCUGAGCUGGGACAAUACAGCCGCAACGGGGCCUUCCAAAACGGGAAACAGCUGGAGGAUAACUGGAGUUUUGUGUGUGAGCUGCUCAAGUCCACCUGUAACCCCAAGAGAGCGCUACAGGAGGACCAGAUCAGAAUGCACGUCCACUGCUGCCUGAGUCUGUCUCUGCUAUGGAAACCUAACAAUGGCACUGUCGCCACACUCUGGGAGUACUACAGCAAAAACCUGAGCGGUUUGUUCACAGUGCCCUGGUUAGGGGUGUCGGGGCUCGGCAGCGUGAGCAGAACCCCCCUGGCCCUGUUGGACCAGGCCCGAAGCUGCUGCUCCCCCUCCCCCCUUCGUUCCUCCGGCCACACCCAGCUGUACCGCUCAGCCAACUCCUUUCAGAUCUUCCUCAGAGUGCUGGCUCUCUACCUGGCCCAGGAGAACGCAGGCGGCGCCCCUUGGAGGCAGAUCAAGGGCAGGGUGUACUCCAAGUUCCACCAGCGGCGGAUGCAGGAACUAUCCGAGGCUGGGCUGAUGAACUUCCUGCUGCUGUUCGUAGUGGUGGCCCGGCAGGCCGAGCUGGAGGACGUGGCCGGCCGGGCCUGUGAGUUGCUGGGCCUGCUCCCUCCGGACUCCCCCCCUGCCCAGCGGAGCCUGGUGUGGAAGGGCCAGCUGGCUCUCUUACUGCUCUUCCAGGAGAGGGGCCUUGACGUGGGGGCCCAAGCUAGCUGGCUGGCCGCCUCCUUCUCUCAGACAGCCAGGGAGUUCUACCUGAAGACCACAGAACCGUCUCGCCGCCUGGCCCUCUGGGGCCCCCUGGGGUCCUACCUAGAGGGCGUGGCCGAGGUGUUUGAGACGAGCGCAAGUCUCGGUCUGUCGGAGGAGAAGCUACUCAACGAGGGGUUCGGUCUGCUGCUGCCUGCCUGCCGCCAGUCGGAGCUGAGCUCUACCCUGGGCUUUCUGCAGAUCGUGCUGAGGGAGUUACGGAGGGUCCAUCAGCGCAAUGUCCAGCCUGGCCACUCGGCAUGUCCCCCCGGUGCCUGGCUGCCUCCUCCCAGUGCCAGCGUGGGUAAAGACCGCCACCUAGCGGUUGCAGCAGCUCUCUGGGCCCACUUUUUCCCCUUCCUCCGCAGCCUGCGCCUUUCCAACACCCCUCCUGCCCAACUGGCUGAUGCUGCCGCAGGAUUUACACUGCUGGCCUUUGACCUUCCUAGCUCUGCCCCCCAAGACCUCCAGCCCAACCCCAUCCAGUCCAUCAUGCAGUGCUUCAGCUGGGACGACAUGCUUCACCCCCUGCUAGUGACUCGCUACCUACCCCACCUGCUCCAGAACAGUGAGCUGGUGUAUUCAGUGAGCUCCGGCUGUGGAGGUUCCGUGUCGGGCUCAGCCCAGACCCUGUCUGUGAGAGCCUGGUUCCGCUGUGUUCUGCAGCAGCACAUCCACAAGAACCCAGAUGGCACGGACAGCAGAGCAGGCAGGGCUCUGGAGGAGCAGUUGUCGGAGCUCACUAGGCUCGUAUUAAGGCUCCCUGAGGUGGACUCCCUACUGCAGAAGGCCGGGCUGCAGCCUGGAGCCGGGAGCAAGCUAGUGCCCAGGUCUGCUCUGGAGAUGUUCAUCAAGGCUGUGGGGCGUGUGUACAGUGGGCUGCAGGUGUUGUCUGAGCGUUCUGCCAUGGUCACCCGUGCUCUGGACUACACAGGGGACAUCAUGAAGUAUAUCAAACACUACCUGGUCAAUAAGAGUCCUCAGGAGGGGCUGCUGCUGGCCUACUGGGCUGUGGGGUACGUUGUGAAGCACUGGAGUCCCCUGCUGGCCACCUCCAAGGCCCAGCAUCUGCUCUUCAACAUUGUCAACGGGCUGCUCCUCCCUAACUCUCUGUCCGGGCUGGACAAGGCCUUGAGGGACAGCCUGCCCCUCUACCUGCAGGGUCUGUCUAUAGCAACCAGUAUGUCUCAGUCUCAGGGUGCCUACCUGAAGAAGCAGCUCCGGGAUGUCAUCUCCAAGUACCUCGACCAUUUCCUGCCUGCCACGCCAUCGGUUGGAGCCAUAGCCAAUCACCCGGUGCUGCUGGCGGCCUGCGAGGCCACGCCCACCCCGCGUGGGGUGGCACUGAGAAGGAGCAUCCUGCAGGUGAUCAGUGAGAACUUCUUGCAUUUCAAAGGCAACGCCCCUCCUCCCCGCCUGGUCACGGUCCUGGCCUUCCUAUUGGAGCUGCUGAGACGGAACAAUGACAGUGACCCCGCCCUGCUCACCAUGCCCCUCCCCUCUCUGCUCCGCUGCCUGAAGCUGGUCAACGAGCCUCACGUGAGGAGGACCAGUACAGAGGCCCUGCAGCUGGUGGUGGAGAGAUGUUCAGCCGCCGCAGGGGGUGCACCAUGUGACCAGACCGUCACUGUCCUACGGUCCUUUGUGGAGGAGAACGAGGGGUUGUAUGACAGACAGGUGUACAGUGUUCUGGAGACGAUAGCUGUUCUGGACAGUCAUGUGGUCCAGGUCCUGAUCCCUGUUCUGUCGCUGAGUCUGAGGAACACAGAACACAAGAGAGGACUGGGCAAGAACACCACACUGAGGAAUGCAUACAGGAAUUUGCUGACUCUGCUGGGGGACGGUGGUCAGGCGGAGAUCAUCAGCCUGGAGGAGGACUGACCCUUGACCCCCAGGACCAGGUCACCAUGCUGUUGACCUCAACACCAAUGGGCUUCAUGUAUAGAUAUACAUAAUGUAUAGAAAUUGUCCUGUUGGUGAUAUAGAUCAUAAUUUAUGGUCAACUUUCCGUCUUCAUAUUGAAAUAUUUUUCAAAAAAGGUGUUACGAAAUAAAGUAAAUGUGAUGAAAUAAGAUAAUGUGGAAGUGCUAGUGUUGUAUUUCUGUGAUGCAUAUAGAUAAAUGUAUAAUAUUUUGUUCUUCUAUGUUGUGAUAGUAACUACCGAUAGUAGACAAAUAGGAUCUCUUUAUGCUCAUGCACUCUUUUUUUUUUUUUUUUCUUUACAGGCAGAAACCUGCCUCCUUUCCUGACACUGUAUCCCUCAUCAAGAUACAGCCAGAGUCCGAAAGAUUACUUCUGCUCUUUCCAUUCCCUUUUUCCUUUGCAAUCUUCAUGCAAUCAGGCUUCAUUUUGUCAGUCAGAAUUUCACUGCCUGGUCGAUCUUGUCAUAAAAUAAUGCACUCCCCCAACAUAGUUUCACAUGACCCUCCCCUUGUACUGUAGGUUACUUGUUUGGAUACCCUCCCCCCUCAUAGAAUUAACUCAAAAUAAUGUUUAGAAACCAACAAAAAAAAUAACUAUAGCAACCAUGUGUUUAUAGAUGUGCAUAUUGACUAUUUCCAUUUCAGCAUGCUGUUGUGGCACAGUUGAUGCCACGCAGGGCUACAGAAGGUUGAGGGUUCGCCGACCACUCAUUCUCCCUGUCUGUUGUACACUGUCAAGCUGGCGCCCGGUCCGCCAACAGAGGAGUCGCUAGAGCGCGAUGGGAGAAGGAAAUUCCGACGCUGGGCCAAUUGUGCGUUGCCUCCUUGAGUGUCCCGGUCACGCUCGGCUGUGACACAUCCUGUGAUCAAACCCGGGUCUGAAGUGACACCUCAAGCUUCGCAGUGCCUUAGACCGCUGCGCCAUUCGAGAGGCCUGGAAAUCUGAUUAAAAAAAAUUAAAAAUUGUGAUGCUAUUAUUCUUUUAAAUAUAUGCAACGAAUGAUCCACCAACAGGUUUCUGUGCCAAUGCAACACGUUGAAGUAAUCAGAUUGAAACAUUGUCAUUGGUUGUGUGUUCAUGCCACAUAUAAAAGGUAAUUUAAUACAUUUUAAAAGUAAAAUGACAAACAUUUAGGCUAUACUGAAGCGUUAAGAUUCUAGACGAGCCUAGAAUAGCUGCUCAGAUCAGAGAGGAGGCAGAGCAUGUGUUGAGCCUUCCUGAAUAACUGGGCCUGCUGAGAGUCCCAUUAUUAUAGGACGAUAUGCGAGAACGAUGAUCCCCAACAAGACAGCGCAUCUCAGUAUCAGAAGUAGAAAUACAGACUUACAGUAGCAGGUCAGUCUCUUUCGACCUUAUAAACUGUCGAGAGUAGACUCACAACUUAUCCAAAUGGAAUGAAACAUUCAAAUCACAGGGCUUUUGCGCCAUUAUUCAAAUGACAUUUUCACCGCAGCCUAGGGUAGAAUUUUGUACCUACCUGAAAACAAAUAUUCAUUGCAUUGUGGUGUUGUGGGCUAAUUGUAUUGUCCCUUAACAAGAUCAAUAGGGGUGCUUUUUGAGCUGCGUGUGUCGUCUUUCAUGCUUAUUGAUGCACCUGGCCUAUCAGCUCUUUCUCUUCAUGUGGAUUUAUAUUGGAUAUUGGUUCAGCUUUGAAUGAUUAUAUGUGUGCCAUGAUGACUAGUUAGCCUAUUGUGUACCACAGUAUGAGUCAUAAAUCCCAGGAAAUGGUUCCAAUCGUUUUUUUCACCAUCCCUUUUUCCAACUGGGAUUUUAGAACUACUUCAUAUAAGGUCUUUGUUUCGUGUAGGCUUACGUGGCGUUGGCGUUUUGAUAACCGCGCAAAUCUCGGACCGAGGUCACGUUAAUCAAUAAUUAGAUUGAGGCGAAUAUAUUGAUAAAUCUCUCCCUGUCCGAGAAUUAUACGGCUCUCAAAACCUCACAAUUAAUUGCAUUUAAUUGUUAACUUCACGAUAUGACAAAUAAAUGGCGGAAUAAACGUU